CACGUGAUGCUUCUGGUCAAGCAUAAAACAACUUCACACUGACUGGCACGCCAGAUACGGGGACGUUACUGACCUGACACCCCAGUACAAACAUUACCACUUUCAAUCAAGGACUUUGACACAGAACACUCACACAACUCCCAAAAUGGUAAGUGACAACAUUCAAAUCGUCUUCCAUUUUUAGAUGAUCGCUAUUUCAAAUAUUUGAGCCAUUUCACUUCAGCCGCCGGCAGUGUUGACCCUGCGGAGCCGCAUUGGGCUCUUUAGUGGCUCUUAACUCCCACCCCCCCCUUAGCUGCGUUUCUUUAUCCCAUUUGCAUGCGGCUCUUUACCCCCCCCCCCCAAACCUUUUUCCCUUUUUUUUUAAACUGCGACUGCCUACUUUCUUACCAAAGACAUAACUUAUAAAAUGGCGCUUAACUCAAAAAAAUAUUAUCCCCCCUUCUCAGGUCUUCGUUUUAUUGCGCAAUAUUCGCUCAAAGCUAAUACAGGUGGUCCUGAAACAGUUGGUCCUUGUACAGGUUGCCCUUAUGUUAGUGCAUUGCACUUCUAUCCCACAACUAGCAACAAAUGCAGGAAAAGACAAAAGAAAAGCCAUCACUUCAGCACAGGUCGGACUCAUUAUAAACCUUGAAGGUAAACUUGGGCAACCAAGAGAAUGUACUGGAAAAGUGGAGGCCUUCAUAUACUCAUUCAGCACCAUUGACACAAUUGGUGGAUCCGAAGCGGAUGUCAAGGCCAGAAUUGGUAAGGCUAGGUCAGCAUUUGUGCUAUUAAAGAAAAUAUGGGAGUCAAAGGAGCUGACUCUUGCAAACUAAAGUCGGAAUUUUCAACACAAAUGUCCAUACAGAAUUUCUCAAUGGAACCGAAACUUGGAGAACGAGCAUAACGCAGAAAGUACAGACUUUCAUAAACACUUGCCUUUGAAAGAUCCUGAACAUCAAAUGGCCAAGCACCAUCCCCAACAAAGACAUACUGGAAAGAACAUACCAGGAGCCUAUUGGUGAAAACAUAAGGAAAGGGUGGGGGUGGAUAGGGCAAACUCUCCGCAAACCCCCAGUUAACAUCACCUGACAAUCCCUAACAUGAAAUGUCAGGGAUAAAGAAAGAGGAUGGCCAAAGAACACAUGGCUACGCGAGGCAGACAGAAAGUAUGGAAUACACCUGGAACAAACUGGAAAGGAAACCACAGGACCGAGGUGAAUGGAAAAUCCUUGUAGAUAGCAUAUGCCCCAAACAGAUGUAAAAGACGUAAGUAAUGUUGGCGCCUGCUUAGCAUGAGGUGUAACUUUGGGCCCUUUAAAUUUAUAAGGCCCCCAUCAGCCGCAGUAGUUGUAGGCGCACUCAACGGCUCUGCUCAGGAGACCACGAACAAAAAAAAAGCCGGAGAAAUUUUAAACUAUUUUUGUCUAAGGCUACACAUCUCGCUGGUAGUAGCAUUUAAGUCACGAUUGGAUGUUACAAAUUGUGUCAAAUUCCACAAAUUUUAUGUUCAAAACAUUUCCUAGGGUGGAAGACCACGAUAAUUUAUUAACCCUUGUUUGAUACUAAGCUACGCACGUUGUAUGUUUAUUAAAAUGUCUUAUUUUAAUAAACCUUGUGUUUAAUUGUCUGACAGCGCGAGUGUAUCUCCGUUCACGUCGGCCAAGCUGGAGUCCAGAUGGGAAACUCUUGCUGGGAGCUGUACUGCCUUGAGCACGGCAUCCAGCCAGAUGGACAAAUGCCGCUGGACAAAGCGGUUGGUGGCGGCGAUGAUUCGUUCAACACUUUCUUCAACGAGUCGGGGUCAGGAAAACAUGUGCCCAGGGCCGUGUUCAUCGAUCUGGAGCCUACUGUUGUUGGUUUGUGAACAUGUCUGGCGUAAAUGUCUGGCGUAAAUGUCUGGCGUAAAUGUCUGGCGUAAAUGUCUGGCGUAAAUGUCUGGCGUAAAUGUCUGGCGUAAAUGUCUGGCGUAAAUGUCUGGCGUAAAUGUCUGGCGUAAAUGUCUGGCGUAAAUGUCUGGCGUAAAUGUCUGGCGUAAAUGUCUGGCGUAAAUUUCUGGCGUUAAUUUCUGGCGUAAAUGUCUCGUGUACAUGUCUUGUGUGCAAGUGUGGUACUCGACUCAGUUGUAACGUUUGUUCAGAGGCUAAACAUACAGCGGCGUGGAGCUACUGGUACAGUUGCUAAAUGUGUAGCUCUGUGGUCGGGUUUUUCGUGUGUGGUUAUCCUGGCUGUACUUUACGCAGGUUUAUGAUGCCGGAUUUUUUUAAUGCUUUCUACUUGCUCUUCUAUCCCUAUGAUGGCUUUUUGCCCUUUUAUGGAUAGACUCACAGCUUUUCAAUGCUGGCUAAUAAUUUUUCCAUUUCGUUCCAGAUGAGAUCAGAACUGGUAGCUACCGACAGCUCUAUCACCCAGAACAGAUGAUCUCUGGUAAAGAGGAUGCCGCCAACAAUUACGCAAGAGGCCACUACACCAUCGGCAAAGAAAUAGUUGACCUCGUACUGGACCGCAUGAGGAAGUGUGCCGACCAGUGCUCAGGUCUCCAGGGGUUCCUCAUCUUCCACAGGUCACUUUGGAGUAUAAAAAAAAAAGAACAUAUCGUCUUCUAGACAUUAGUUUAAGUUUGUUGGCAGAUGCUCACUCAGAUAGGGGACUUACUUUCAGUCAGUACCAUAUCUGAAUGCAGCCACGCACUUGCUCCUAUAUUGACAUAUCAAAAUGAAUUUUACCGAAAUUGUGAACUCGGUAAAACCCCAAAAUACUUUCGGCAUAUUUUUUUUCUUGACCCAGUUUUGGUGGAGGCACCGGAUCUGGAUUCACAUCCCUGCUUAUGGAGCGACUCUCUGUUGACUAUGGCAAGAAAUCCAAACUAGAGUUUGCUAUUUAUCCUGCCCCUCGGGUAAAAUAUUUACUAUUUAAUUACAUUUAAUCAUGUUGGUUUUUUUUUAGUUGCAAAAACUUUGUCCAGUUUUAUUAUGUACUACAUUAUGGCGUGCUUGUUCAUUCGUUCAAAUAGUUAACACGCACUGUUUAUUUGUUCAUUUUCAUUUUUAAAAUAAAACAAAUCCAUUUUAAACUGCUUUAAACCUUUCCCCGUCGCAGAGUGGCACCGGUGGUUAGUUUGCCAAACCCUGGCGUAAAUUACUAGCAGGUUCUUAAUUUAUGUGGUUUUUUUUAAUAACUGGCCAUAUUUGUUCGUCCUUCACCUUGCUAAGAUCUCCACCGCUGUUGUUGAGCCGUACAACUCGAUUCUGACAACACACACCACGCUUGAACACUCGGACUGCGCCUUCAUGGUGGACAAUGAGGCCAUCUUUGACAUUUGCCGACGGAACCUGGACGUGGAGCGCCCUAGUUACAUCAAUCUGAACCGUCUGGUCGCUCAGAUAGUUUCCUCGGUUACCGCAUCACUUAGGUACUGACUAAAUCACCGAUCGUUAUAAGUUUUCUUGUGGCAAUUUUUCUAGAGAAAUGUUAAGAUAAUAAUUCAUGGACUGCAUUCAAGUUGUCAAAAUGAAAUAUAAGAACAAGGUAUGCUAAACUUGAAUUCCUGGACAGGCCAAACGAUUUGGAUGUUGCCUGGAUGAAGGCUGUAGGCCGAAACGUGCACAUCUUUUGCCCUGUCUAGGAAUUCAAGUUUAGCACACAUUGUUCUUAUCUUUACGAGAAAUAUUGCUAGCUUUCGGGUUUCCUUUCGCAUUACAUGGAUUCUUGUGUUUCUGACUAUUAAAUCUUGCUGGGAUUUAGAAUCUAUCUGGGAUUCACCAGCUGGCUUAGCUAGGUUUAACUCUAUUGUGGGCAUAGCGUUAACUCUUUACUAUAUAAUUUGUAUGUUUAAGGUUUGAUCGUGCCCUGAAUGUUGCUUGUACUGUUGGUUAUCUUUAGGUUUGAUGGUGCCCUGAACGUUGAUUGCACUUUUGGUUAUCUUUAGGUUUGAUCGUGCCCUGAAUGUUGAUUGAACUGUUGGUUAUCUUUAGGUUUGAUGGUGCCCUGAAUGUUGCUUGAACUGUUGGUUAUCUUUAGGUUUGAUUGGUGCCCUGAAUGUUGCUUGCACUAUUGGUUAUCUUUACGUUUGAUGGUGCCCUGAAUGUUGAUUGAACUGUUGGUUAUCUUUAGGUUUGAUGGUGCCCUGAAUGUUGAUUGAACUGUUGGUUAUCUUUAGGUUUGAUGGUGCCCUGAAUGUUGCUUGAACUGUUGGUUAUCUUUAGGUUUGAUUGGUGCCCUGAAUGUUGAUUGCACUGUUGGUUAUCUUUAGGUUUGAUGGUGCCCUGAAUGUUUCUUGAACUGUUGGUUAUCUUUAGGUUUGAUUGGUGCCCUGAAUGUUGAUUGCACUGUUGGUUAUCUUUAGGUUUGAUUGGUGCCCUGAAUGUUGAUUGAACUGUUGGUUAUCUUUAGGUUUGAUGGUGCCCUGAAUGUUGAUUGCCCUGUUGGUUAUCUUUAGGUUUGAUGGUGCCCUGAAUGUUGAUUGCACUGUUGGUUAUCUUUAGGUUUGAUGGUGCCCUGAACGUUGAUUUGACAGAGUUCCAAACCAAUUUGGUCCCAUACCCUCGUAUUCACUUCCCCCUGGCAACAUACGCCCCUGUCAUCUCCGCUGAGAAGGUAUUUUUAUUUUUUUAAUCUGAUCAUCUGCUUUAAUACGCAGACAGUACGUGUCAUCAAUUCUAAAUUUUGUUGUAGUUACCCUGUAAAAAUGAACAUGUUAGUCAACACUUGACACAUUUGUGCCUAUUGCAUCGGGCCUUCCAACCCAGAGUUCCUAAUACCCUCGCCGUGUAGCCCUUGCAACCAGUGAAAUAUCCUCAACACCAGUCACAAAAACAUUGCGAAUCCCCUUAACGCACAUAGGAGCCAGAAUGAUCAAUACAUUGAUCGUGGGCCCUUAAUGUAUAGAAGACAAAUUCAUCAGCAUAGUUUCAUCUGUGCUCAAUAACACUUAAGUCGAUGGCCUACGGGAUAGUUGUACAAUGCUCGAUCACUACACUUAAGUGACAUUUUGAAAUUUAUAUUAAUUGCAAUGGAACUACUUAAAACUUAGAAUUGAUUCAUUGCUUCCGGUUAAUUUUUAAAUCCUACUUUUUUCACAUGUCAGGCCUAUCACGAGCAAAUUUCGGUAGCUGAUAUCACCAAUGCUUGUUUUGAGCCUGCCAACACCAUGGUGAAGUGUGACCCGCGUCAUGGCAAGUACAUGGCCUGCUGCAUGUUGUACAGAGGUGAUGUCGUCCCUAAGGAUGUCAAUGCUGCCAUCGCUACCAUCAAGACCAGGAGGACCAUUCAGUUUGUCGAUUGGUGCCCGACUGGCUUCAAGGUAUGUUGUGUUUUUUUUUCCCAGAGACUAGCUCAGAACAUGUUGGUCGGUUGAAGAGAGGGAAAGCUAAAGAGGGGGAAAACGUAAGUUAGGCCUACUUCAGGGUCGACUAUAGUUACUUUUAAAUGUUAAUAAGUUGACUGUUAGUGACAAUAAAGCUUACAACUUGAUUUAAAAUGGCAUUUGAACGUAAAUGAUUUCAGGUCGGCAUCAAUUAUCAGCCCCCCACCGUCGUGCCUGGUGGGGACUUGGCUAAAGUCCAGUGGGCUUUGUGCAUGUUGAGCAAUACCACCGCUAUUGCCGAGGCGUGGGCCAGGCUUGACCACAAGUUUGACCUCAUGUAUGCCAAGCGUGCCUUCGUCCACUGGUGGGUAGAGCGAGUUGUAUUUCUACACAGGCGUAUACAAACGUUAAAUGAUCCGGUUCCGUUUGUUCAAGUUACUACAUUAUUACCUCUCUGUUAUCUCUCUGUUACCUCUGUUACCUCUCUGUUACCUCUGUUACCUCUCUAUUACCUCUCUGUUACCUCUCUGUUACCUCUCUGUUACCUCUCUGUUACCUCUCUGUUACCUCUCUGUUACCUCUGUUACCUCUCUGUUACCUCUCUGUUACCUCUGUUACCUCUGUUACCUCUGUUACCUUUGUUACCUUUGUUACCUUUGUUACCUUUGUUACCUCUGUUACCUCUGUUACCUCUGUUACCUCUGUUACCUGUUACCUCUGUUACCUCUGUUACCUCUGUUACCUCUGUUACCUCUUUGUUACCUCUUUGUUACCUCUCUGUUACCUCUAUGUAACCUGUUACCUCUUUCAGGUACGUUGGUGAGGGCAUGGAGGAGGGUGAGUUCUCUGAGGCACGUGAGGAUCUGGCCGCUCUUGAGAAAGAUUACGAGGAGGUGGGAGUUGACUCCGGUCCACAAGCAGAAGAGGAGGAGGAGGUAGAGGCAUACUGAGCCGGCCGAUAGGAUAACACAAGACAUUUUUUCAUAAGUUCAUUUUUAUUAUUGAACUUCAUGUCGUUGGCAUACUUAGUAUUUAUCUUAUAAUGGCAUCAAUUAAUGUUCUAUUAAUUGCUCGAGUUGUUGUACUGAAAACUGAUUAUGUGGUGCUUUCAGUCCAACUUUGUUCAUUUUUUU